AUGUGUGACACCAACUGCUCUGUGGGCUGCCAGCCAGCUUGCUGUGUGCCCAGUUCCUGCCAGCUGGCCUGCCCUGCUGUCUGUUGCCCUGCCCUGGGCUGCCGAAACCCCCGUGGUGCUCCCCACGUGGCUCUGCUGUGCUGGCCAGCCUGCUGUGUGCCCGGCCCCUGCCAGGACACUUGUUCUGUGUCCAGCCCCUGCCAGGCAUCCUGCUGUGUGCCUGUGAGCUGCAAGCCUGUCCUGUAUGUCCCCAUGUGCUACAAGCGCAUUGUGUAUGUGAUCCCCUCCUGCCAGCCUUCCACGUUCUGCCAGCCCUCCUGCCCUGCCCUGGUCUGCAGACCCAUCCCCUGA